UGCUCACAAUAGAAGCUAUAAUCAAGUUUUCGUAUUUCACUAUCAACAAAAUACUAACGUAAAAGCUCUCGUGGGGAUUUUUACCCCAGGCCAACUUUAAAAGGUCAUAGCUUAGCCGGUUAAGUGAAAUAAAAAUGAUGCACAAGUGUAAAUGAAAUGAUUGAAUUAUCAUAAAGCUUGAUUAUGGUUAUAGUAAACCGUAACCAAAUAACGGAAGUUUGAAGUAGCGCUGGGGUAGAAAUCUACUCCACGAGAGUGUUCUAAGGUUAACUUUCUAUUGAACAUUUUUCGAAGAAUCGCUUGUUUUAAAUAAUAAUGAUUAUAAACAAUUGUUGAACAUGCAUUGAUAACAUUUGCAGUGAUGAGUUUUGACUGCAGGAGCCUGAAUCGAUGCAUCUUGCGCUUAAUCUAACAUUAAUAAUAAUUCGAAACGCUAAUCAAUUUGAGCAGCUGAUAAAUGUGAUGAUUUUCCGCCUCACUUCAGCUCAUUUCGUAACGCUUAGUCAGACUCUUGUUUGAUUACUGACUCUUUGUGUGACUCGUGCCAGCGUUUAUGUAUUUUACUCCCAGCAGGGGAGCCCCAGUCGGUUGCUGGGACGGACAUGAAUUGACAUUGCAGUUACUCUGGGAAGUGACACAACGACUGACUUUGAGUUUAAUGGCAGUUGAAUUCAAUAGAGAUCAAUGUGCGUCCCGAGCUGACGGCACACAGUGCAGUUGAUAAGCCGCCCUCUCAGUAUACAGUGAUGGUAAUCGUAAGACAGGUAGUCUCCGAUAUCUCCGGUUCCGAUAAAAAGUAAGCUUUUUGCUUCAGAAAACGAAGACAAAGUUUGCACUGAUAACCCGUUUGUGGUAUGUGCAUUGUACACACGUCGCUUAUGUCCUCGGCAAAGAUUAGAUAAAAAGCUGGUGGAAAGACUCCAGAUAACAGCGCGUUAGAACGCGAUCUCGAAGCCAUCAUCUAAGCCAUUCAAAUGAUUACAAAACUACGGUGAAUUUCGUCGAAUUAUCAUCCCGCCGCUAAGUGUUGAAAAACGUUUCGCUACCGCGCCAAGGCUGGAGCGCAGCGACAGCGCAGAGUGCAAUUUGAAACAUCAUCGCCGCCGUUCCACGAUCCGAUGAUAGAGAAGAAAAAGUGAAAAAAAAAUUAGACAUAACUGUUAUUGUUUGAAGAAAUAAAUAAACAUAGAGAAUCAGUGUUAUAUUGCGGUUUCAUAAUACCGAGAGUGUGGUUCAAAAAGACGCAAAUCGUUUUAGAUCCACCGACGCUGGUGACGGUGAUCGGAACGGUAGUAGGCACAGUUUAAGUACCAGCAAAAUGUCCUACAAUUAUAGUCCGCGGGGCCGAACCGGCAGCCAGACUUCGAUCAACGAUUAUCCGGAACACUUGAACCCGUUCUAUGAGGACGAUAACCACAAACGGCUCCGGUUCUGGCAGCUGGGAAGUCAUCGUUACAGCAAACCCAAAUCGGAACGUCGUGGCAGUCUGGUCAGCAUCCGAGAUGGACUGAGAGAUAUGUGGGAAUUCAAAACCUUCCGUUUGAAGAAAAAACGAUCAUCAACAUUAGGUAUCAACAAGACCUCGGAAAGCCCUCCACCUCUGCGGCGGGAUGAUCAUGAUUCACAGUACCACACCCUGUGCAAUUCGUCUGCCUAUCGCAGCACAAUUGGCACAGUCGGAUACAGUCAGUCUACCUCCAACACUCCGCUGUUUGAAAGAAAUACACGUUACCGUAGCUCACUGCAAGAUCAAUCAACUGGAAAUGGAAUUGGUUUCCGUAGAAACGAUCGCUAUCGAAGCACAGUUCAAAACGGCUACGCGACUUACGGUGGAGCUUCUAUGAUUACAUCUACACCUAGAUCUCGAUACAGCAAUAAUACCAACGAACGGGGAAUGAGAUCCGGGAUAUCACAGUCUAGUCUCAAAUCUACUAAUCCUUUCGAUGAGGAUGACGAUGUCGGAUCAAUUAGUGAGAGCAACAAUGGCACGCUGCGAACUAGACAGCGAAAGAAACGACGUGCACCGCCGCCUCCAGUGCGAAGAUUUGAUAACACCUCUGUUCAACCAACCGAUGCCGAAACACUAGAAGUUAGGUUGAAGAUUGAAGAAUCACCGCCCCCAGACAACUCUGACGAUAUCAGCAAACUAACCAGCCUUACAGCAGAAAUCGAGUCAUUUGUACGAACAACGUCAAAUAAUGAUGAAGACAAAGUUACCAUAGAAAAGACUCAACCACUCAGUGAUAGCAACAAUAAUAACGUAAAUGAGCUUAAAAUUAUCGAAACUGAAGAAAACCGCACCCAACUAAACGAAACAAAACAAAUCACAAACGCUCAAGUUGACCAAUUGAGGCCUGUUCAACUGAAAACAGAGCCUGCAGGUGAAUUGUCAAGAAAACCAAUCGAGAGUGAGCCUAUUAUUCCGGAACCUGUAGAGCAAAUUUCUUACACGGAGGAGCUCAAAAUUAACGAUGAACAAAGGCAAAUCACUCCUCCGCUGCCUUCGCCUCGAGCCAAAUCCUCGCCGCCUCCAAUCCCUCAAUCCCCUCCGAUGUCGGAGGAAAUAGAUAUAGAAAACGUUGCACUACCCGACACUCCAAUUCCAGCCAGACGUCUGAACAAAAAUCGAAACCAGUCUAAUGUGAACGGGAAAGUUCUACAAAUUACCGAAUCUUCAGAUUCAACAGGAACUACAACAACCGAAGAAGAGGAAAACAUGGAAUCCAAAACAUUCAAGCACGUGAACUACGAGUUCGAAUACAAAGUGAAGCCAAUAAAGACCGAGAUUGAUGAAAAAAUCGGAACUGCCCGUACUAAGAUAAGUGAAUCAGUGGGUGCGGCCAAUGCGGCUCCAAGCGUUUGCACCGAACGUAGAAGGUCAGUUCGCGACAUCAUCGAAUCUAUCAACAAGAGUCAGAGCUUGUUGAAAGUAAAUCAUGAGUCUUCGGGAACACUUUACUCUGCCCAAUCUAAUGACAGUGUAAAUCGGAAUUUGAAAGAGCUAAACGAAAGAGAGCGAGAACUGCAACUUUUGAUAACGGAAAUGGACACACGUUUCAGGGGUCGGUCAUCGGAACCGCCAACCAGAAAGCGUGGGUCUUUUUACGAUAACGUACCGGAAAACGGUGAUGAAAACGCGGAUAACCUGUUGAGCAACUCGGAUAUGCGUGCAAAGAAAAGUCCUACCAAAUCACUUGGUAUGGAUCAGACCGAUGAGAUACAGUUUAAGGAUUGUAUUGAUUGGAACCCGUUACCCAAACCCCGACGAAGUCGUCAUUUUUCUGACCAACCCUCUGGAAACGGUUUGACAGACUUCAAUCAGAAUAAUAGUUUGUAUAAAAAGAGCUAGGACACGUGCAAUACAGGCUCAAGCAACUGAACCGAUCUCAAGGCCGUCAUUUACGAUCAUAUGGGAUUACACGAUAAUGUCUUAUUCGCUUUCGUUAACUGGUUGGUAAUGGAUUCAAAUUCGUACUAUUGACAGCUUUCGGUUCAGCUCAGUUUUUGUUUAGCGUGCAACAAAAGGUGCGAUUGCUAGAAUGAUUCGAAGGAACUGUUAGUUCUUCGGGUAGUAAUAAGCUAUUUAUUCAUACAUCAAAAGUAAAAGUGGCCUUGAAUGUAUCAGAUAUUGUUUUUGUUUUUAUCAAGCUACUUUCGGAGACUAUCAUACUCCAUGUAAAUUUGAAUAUGACGUACACAAUGAAUCAGAAAUAAAAUUGCAUUCAUAUAA